CUUGCUCGGGAUAAAUUAUCAUUUGUCGCUAUGAUGAUAUUCUACUAUUUCUAAAAUAUGAAUAUACUGCAUUUUCCUGACUGAUAUGUGCAUUCUUUAUAUAUCCGUUUGUAGGCCUAUACGAUUUUACCAGAGAAAUAAACAGUCAUAUAAAAAGGGUACAGAGUGGUAGAAGAGGGACAAUCUCGCCUACUGUUUUGUUUUAUUUUUUUUAAAUUGUAGGACGCCGCUGUAGUCCACAGGAGAUACGACGUGUAGGGUAAAGAAGGGUUUAUGGUUGGAGUAUCGUCGUCGUUAUUGUCGAUAAAAUGCUGGAUUUAUCGUAAAUAUCUUAUUUCCAGGAAGCGUGAGAGAGUGAAGAUUGUUAUCAGGAAAUUUACCAAAGAUUAAAGCAUUAUUAUUGCGAACUUUGAGCUGUCAUCUGAUAAGGAUAAUCGACUGUGACAUUUUUACCAGCAGGCAAAGUGGUGAUGGGAAUGCCCUUGUCGCGUUCGCCAUGUAGGCUAGGCAGAUAGCGUCUCUAGCAACCAACCGUAUAUACCAAGGCGGAAUUACUAUUUUUAUCGAAAGGAAUUUUCUUCCGGGUUUCUUUUAUUGACAAUAUAACAAUAGUUCUUAACGAUACAGUAUGGCAAAGUCAUUACUUGGAAAUUACUGUGAAUGUUUAUGUAAUCCAAGGCUAAGGCCCAGGUUUUAUCCAAAUCCUGGAUGCAUAUUCAAUAAUUGGCUGAAUUUAUUUAUUUUUAUUACUUUUAUUUUAUGUCAACAAAUUAUAGUCGUAUCUACACAAGGGGCUUUUCCUCAAUUAGUAAACUCUGCCGAAAAAAAAUCAAUUUUAACUAUUCCACAAAUAGGAACAUGUGGAUAUAACCCAAUUAAUGGUGAACUAUCAAGAAGCGCUUAUUGUCGUAGCUCUACACUUUCUCAAUCAACGACUUCUUGCACGCAAGCAUUUUGUAUCCAGGCCUGUCCAUCAAGGACAAAUUUUCCAGGAAGCAUAAAUUUACUCACCUCGGUGAGUGGGAAUUGCAUUACACUGGACACAAGUUCCGUCAGGCCAGGCUCAGACUCUAGUUCAUAUGCUUAUGUAUUCCGCGUUGAUCCAAGUGGAAAUUGUUAUCUUAGUCCUAAUAACAUUCCUGCAGUUGGAAGUAACGGAGCAGUCACGAUAGCUGGUUGGUUCAGACCAGAAUCUACCACUGAUGGUGUCUUGAUAGAGCGAAGGAACCCAAGUAAUCAGAUUGUUUAUGCUCUGAUGGUGUCUAGUUCAACGAUAACGUUCGAUUACUUAACGUCUACUGGUGCCAAGUUCCUCGUAGUUCAACAUGGCUUUGCUGUCAAUCAGUGGCAACACUUUACUCUACAGGUUUUUGGAACAACUGCAAGUUUUUUCAUCAACGGUUUAGAAGCAGAUGGUACGGCUUUUGACACAAAAACAUUGCUUGGACAAAUAUUAGACUCAAGUAAUGGACAGACCCGAAUUGGUCAGCGAAUAUCAGGGUCAAACCAGUAUGUGGGUCGUAUGCAGGAUUUCUACUUUUAUCAAUACACUUUGACCAAUCGGGAGAUAGAAGAGUUAGCAACAGGAGUCUUCCCAGAGGUUCAUGUCCAAUCAGAUUGUAGAUGUCCAGAUAGCCAUCCACGAAUAAACCCAGUUGAAAGUCGUUACUGCAUUCCGAAUGGUGUCUCUGACACGACUUCCGAUCAGAUGUAUCGCUUGGAUGAAAACGCACACCCUUUGACCUUUGCCAAUGAUGGUGACCUUGGCAGCUACUGGGUCUCAUCCUUCACGGAUGAUUUACUCGUUCAAAUUGAUCUAGAAAAUGGACAGUAUCAGGUGUUUUAUGUAGUCCUCCAGUUCUACAGUCCACAACCAACUGCUCUCACCAUCUCAAGAAAGGCAGAAGACUCCCUGUCAUGGUCCCCAUGGCAGUACUUUGCUGACAAUUGUCAGACGCAAUUUGGCUUACAGAACAAUGGUCCACUAGCAACUGCCACAUCUGUCAAUUGUAUUCAGUUCUCAACUGAGGCUGAAAUUCCCUACUCCAAGGGCAACAUCACCUUCCAACUGCUAUCACCGGAGCCAGUAGCUAGGCCAGGCUACAAUGAUUUCUACAACACGCCCGAAUUAUUGGACUUCGUUAAAGCAUCCCAAAUCCAAAUACAAAUGCAGGGACAUUAUCAUACAUCACAUGCUAGACAUAACUAUUUUGGAAUUGAGGAGAUUACAGUCAGUGCAAGAUGUAAUUGUAAUGGUCAUGCUACAACCUGUGAUCUCAGUCAAAAUCCAUAUGUAUGCAAUUGCUUAGCUGCCAGCUAUACUCAAGGAACACAGUGUUCAGAGUGCUUGCCUCUGUACAAUCAGAAACCUUUCCGCCAUGGUAACCAAAUAGAGGCCUACAACUGUCGACCGUGUUCGUGCAACAACCACGCGUCAAGUUGUCAUUACAAUAUAUCACUUGACCUUUACCCCACAGACCACUACAGGGGUGGAGGAGGUGUAUGUGACAAUUGCCAACACAACACACAGGGUAGAUAUUGUGACCAGUGUACCAGCGGACACUACCGUGUUUCAGGGCGCCCUCUAAAUGCUGUUGAUGUAUGCACAGCAUGUGACUGCUUUGUAAAUGGUACGAUUGGUGGAUCUAAUCAGUGUGACAUUGUUGGUGGUCAGUGCGACUGUAAGGUGUUCACAACAGGACGUCGGUGUGAUCAGUGUGUUACAGGAUUCUUCAACUUACAAGGGAGCAAUGUGAAUGGCUGCGAACCAUGCACAUGUAACGCUGCAGGUACCAUUAGUGGGUCAACAACAUGUGAAUCAACUGGCGAAUGUACCUGUAAAGCGAACGUUAUCGGUGACAAAUGUGACAGAUGUAACUAUGGUUACUAUGGUUUAAGUGCUUCUAACCCCAAUGGAUGCAACCUCUGCACUUGCAACACUGAUGGGUCCAAUAGUGUGUACUGUGAUCCUACCAAUGGUCAGUGUCAAUGCAGUGACACUGUCCAAGGUCAGAAUUGUGAUGAAUGUCGCGAUGGUUUCUAUGGUCUUAGUAAUUCUGGAUGUUCGCCAUGUGAUUGUGAUGCUGCAGGGACCGAACCAAAUACUAACUGUGAUAAGAUAAUUGGACAGUGUAUCUGUAAAGUUAAUACUCAGGGUCUUCGGUGUGACCAGUGUAGAACAACUUACUAUAACCUUCAACCUAGUAACUCUGUUGGAUGCACCUCAUGUAGCUGCAACCCUUCAGGAACUAUUGGAGGUAGCCUAGUAUGUAAUGCUCAAUCAGGACAGUGCCUUUGUAAGACUUACACAACUGGUCAGACCUGUAACCAAUGCACAACCAACUACUGGGGCCUAGAUGCCAGUAAUGUUGAUGGUUGCCAGCCUUGUGCCUGUGAUGAGACCGGGGUUGAUGCCCCAGCUGUCUGCGAUCAGAAUAGUGGACAGUGCUCAUGUAUUGUUAACAGGUACGGACGUCGGUGUGAUCAGUGCUCCGGUGGGACAUACCUCGCACCUAAUGGAGGAAGAGGCUGUGUGCAGUGCAACUGCCAUCCCAUGAGCUCAUUGUCUGGUAGCGUAUGUGAUGCUGUCAAUGGACAGUGUCAAUGUGUCGAUGGUGGCUCUGGUGUGACUGGUAGAAGAUGUGAUUCCUGUUUACCAGGCUUCUUCAACUUUAGUGAUGCUAGUGGGAGAUGUUCUUUGUGUUCCUGUAACCCUGCUGGUAGCGUGACAACUUCUACCUGCGAUACAAACACCGGCCAGUGCCAGUGCAAAGACCUUGUUACAGGGCGUCAGUGUGACACCUGUGUGUCAGGAUCUAGUAACCUUGAUGUCAGUAACCCUCAAGGAUGCAGUAAAGCCCCAUCACAGCAGCCUUCUCCUACCUGGCAAGCUAUCAGCCCUUACUCCCUCCUCUUGUCAUGGCGUCCACCUGAUGAACCCAAUGGCAAUAUCUUAGCAUACAACCUCUUCAGGAAUGGAGGACUAAUCUACAGCGGUAUCGAUAAUAAUAAUUGGCAAAGUACCCAAGAAUAUAUAGAUGACAGUUUAACACCUUACACACAAUACACUUACUAUGUACAAGCAGUGAAUGAAGCAGGUACUGCUCAAAGCCCGUCAGUGGUUGCUAGGACACCAGAUGUUAUCCCAUCUGGCUUUGACGUAUUGACAGUAUCCAACAUCGGACCAAGAACAGCUUUCUUCUCAUGGUAUAAACCAACAGUGAUAAGUGCUCCUCUGGACCAGUAUGUCUUGACAUCCGUCUCUCCGAGUCGUCCAACGCCGCCGACAACCCACUACUCUGGCUCAGCUACAAGCUUCCAGGCCAAUGAUCUUGUACCUUUCACUAACUACACAUUCAGGCUAACAGUUUGCUCUUCUGAUGGAUGUGGCCAGGGAGUUGGCAUCACUGUCUACACCCCACAGGCACCGCCAGAGGGCUUAGCACCACCAACACUGACUGCGCUGUCUGCCACUGAGGUGUAUGUUGAGUGGAAUCACCCAACAGAAGCAAAUGGUAUUAUCACACACUAUGAGCUAUUCAUUAGGGGUGCACCCGAUGCAAAUGGGGUAAUAGAUCCCCCAGAGUCAAGAAUCUUCUACCCUGCAGGCUGGUACAACCCCAGGCCUACCGUGACACCAGGAGAAGAUCCCGUUAGUGAACCUACUACCAACUUCACCCAGGAAAAUCUGGAACCAUUCACAGAAUAUGAGUUCAGAGUCACUGCCAUGAAUCAAGCAGGAACUGGGCAGAGCGAGUGGGCAUUUGUUAGAACUUUAGAAGCUGAUCCACUAUCGAUGCCAUCUCCUGUUGCUGUUGGUAUUAGCAGUACACAACUAAAUGUGUCAUGGACAGAGCCCUCAACGGACCAGGCCAGGGGUGUGAUAAUUCAGUACAAGCUUUAUCAGUUCCUCAUCUCCUUUGAUCCGUUUGCUCCUCCGGAAUCAACCCAAUUGAUUUAUGCUGGUCCAGGAUAUGUCACAUUUUACAUUGUAAGUAAUUUGGAGCCGUAUUCAAGCCACGAGUUUGCUGUGGAGGCCUGUAACAGCAAGGGAUGUGUAAGAAGUGACAGAGGGAAGGGAAACACUUUACCUGACGCCCCAGAAAACCAAGAAGCACCCUUAGCUGAUGGCUAUAACAUCACCACCAUCCAGGCAAGCUGGUUGCCUCCAGUAGUACAGAAUGGACCAGCACCUAGCUACUACCUGCAAAGGAUGCCAGCCUCCCUAAAUAGCCCACCUCCUGUUGUUGAAAUGGGAUCAAGAUUCCCAGGAGGGGGAUACUAUAGGUUUUCGGGCAGUUUGAUUCCAACAUCCUCCUACACAGGUAUUGAACUCGAAUUUCGCAUCCGCCGUCCACCUCCUUCCUCUCGGGCAGUCAGUGCUCUCCUUCUAUUUGCUGUCUCCUCUGGAGAACAGGAGGAGUACAUUGUAAUUCAGCUUAGAGAUGGCAGACCUUGGUUUUUGUUUGACCCUCAAGGGGGCGCUGUUGGUGUCACCACAACAAAUGAUGGAGGAAAGACAUAUGAUGAUGAUAACUGGCAUCAUUUGAAAGUUACUCGAGAUGGAACUCGUGGUUAUAUUACAGUGGAUCAAGUUUACACAGGAUCUGCUUUGUCUUCAACUGCCUCAUCAAUAAUUGGAAUCACCGAUAGCGUGUACAUUGGAGGACUACCAGCUGACUUUUUUAUGAUCCGCACGGACACCGGUAACACAGAGGUUAUCCGUACAAGCUUUGUGGGUUGUAUGAAAAACGUGCAAAUUGAGAGACAGCACAUACCUACAGAGGUGUGGCAGGUAGUGGACUGGUCUGAUGCAGUUGAUAGCUACCAGGUGGUUCCUACGUGGCAGGGAUGCCCCAUUGAUCUGGAUACAGGAGUACACUUCCUCGGUGGAGGUUAUGCAGCCAUACCAGCAGCACUGUUGUCUAGUGGUACUAACUUCAUAAUUCAGUUUGAGUUUCGUACACUGAUGGAUUCAGCAAUGCUAAUCUUCUCACACGGUACCAAUGGUGCUUAUCUCAUCCUGCAACUUGUAUCUCAGGACAUGCAGCUUCAAGUUUUUGGAGGUGCAGGUGUGUCUACCCUGCUGUCGGCCACUUCAACCACACUCUGUAGCGGACAGUGGAACACAGUGACCAUUAGCAGAGCUGGUAACAGCUUGUCGUUGACAAUCGGAGGUGGAACAGCAAGCACCAGAGACAUAGGCUCUGGAGAAUUGAGUCUAACAUCUGAUAUAUUUAUAGGAGGACUCCCUCUAGGGUCUGAUUCAUUCCAGGUAGCUACAGGAGCUGGUCUCAAUAUCCAACCUGGUCUCGGAGGAUGUUUUCAAAACAUGGCCAUCAACAGUGUUAUCGUUGAUCUUGAAACACAAGCAACAGACAUCUUGAAUGUAAACUUAGAUGGUUGCCCUUCCAUCACCUCAACAUCCACCACCUGCACUAUGCCUGCUAUCAUCAAUGUAUACUCAGGACAAACUCGUGUAGCAUAUGAUACAGGCUUGGAUUCCUACACUGAAUAUAUGUAUCGUGUUGUGUCAACCAAUGAAGCAGGUUCAACAACCAGUGAAUGGACAAGAGCUAGGACAAGAGAAGGAGCUCCUGUGGGUGUGUUACCACCACUUGAUCCAGAAUCUGUAACUGGCUACAUCAUCCGUGUACGCUGGAUACGUCCAACAGGGAAUAAUGGAGUGCUUAUUCAGUUUAUCCUGACAGCUUAUAACCAAGAUCAACCAGAAUUACUAAAUGUCAUCGCCUAUUUCAAUGAUACGUCACCUGAAGAAUACAUUGGAAACAUAACUGGAGUUGUACCUUACACCAAUUAUCAGGUCACACUUACAGCUUGUACUGAAGGAGGGUGUACAGAAAGUCUACCAGUUAGUAUAGCUACCAAAGAAGAAGCACCAGAGGGAGUAAGUCCACCUAGGGCACUCACUUCCACAGGCAAUUCAAUAACAGUUGGGUGGGAUGAACCGGAAAAGCCAAAUGGAUUAGUGCGUCGGUAUCAGCUGUUCAUGAACAACAUCGGCCUCUAUCAGGGAACAGUCAGAUCAUUCACUGUUCAUGGCCUUAGUAUAUACACCGCAUAUGACUUUUAUGUAACAGCUUGUACUAAUGUUGGAUGCGGUCAGAGCCCAGAAGUUACCCUCACAACAGCACAACUUCCACCAUCUGAUGUCACUCCCCCAACACUGUAUGUCCGAGGUGCAAGACUUAUUGAAGCUCAAUGGAUUCCGCCGUCGCAGCCUAAUGGGGUCUUAGAACGUUAUGUUCUAUUCUUAUCUACUCAGUCUUUUUUCCUGGGAGAAGAAAUUUACAACAGUACCGCCCUCUUUCUGGACUUUAUUAUCACAGAUCUUACCCCAGGAACUACAUAUUAUGUCACAUUGGUGGCUUGUAAUGAUGGUGGAUGUACUAACAGUGCUCCGAGUGUGGCUGUUACACAUGAGAGUACACCAGAGGGCGUGCCAGCACCAACUGUAACAGCUCUUAGUCCCUAUGGACUCCAGGUUGAGUGGACAGAGCCAGACCAACCAAAUGGUUUUAUUACCAGUUACGCUUUGUAUCAGAACAACAUCGUAAUCCAAAAUGGAACAGCAAUGUUUCGAGUCAUAUCCAACCUAUUGCCGUACAGUCUGCACAUCUUGCGUGUGGAAGCGUGCACGGUAAAAGGGUGUUCAAUUGGACCAGAGACAAGAGCACGUACUCAAGAAUCAGCCCCUGUUGGUAGUAUCUCGCUGGCGGUGGGUGUAGUGACAUCAAGGAGUGUGUCAGCACAGUGGACUGCACCUGCACAACCUAAUGGCGUUAUGAUAUACCAGGUGUUAUUCACCGGCCUUUUCUAUUUAUCUCCUGAAACUGGAAAUUAUAACACAUUUACUACAACCAGACCACUGUAUAAUGGAACGGAUUCGGAAACACCUGUGCUAAUUGAUGGAUUGAUUCCGUACACGACAUACAAUAUCCAGGUACAAGGAAUGAACACCAAAGGAAGUCUGACCAGUAACACAGAACCAGCUACCAUGCCUGCAGGAAGUCCAGAUGGGGUCUUUCCACCAGUGGUGUCAGCUAUUGAUGCAACAUCUAUCCAAGCUGUGUGGACAGCACCAGGCAGAAACAAUGCUCCAGGGCAGCCUACGUAUCAGCUGCUAUUCAGGCCUACACAACAACCAGGCCUACAAGAAGAAUUGUUUGCAAGUGCAACAAGUGUCGACAGCUUCACCAAGUACUCAUUAACACCUUACACCGAGUAUGACUUCAAGUUGAUUGCAAGUAAUGGAUUUGGUCAGACUGAGAGUGACUGGACAUCCACAUUUACUAAGGAAGCUACUCCUGGACCCAUUGAUCCACCCAUGGCAACUGUCAUUGAUGGCACAACUCUACAAGUCACAUGGGAGCUAGCUGACCAACCAAACGGCAUUAUCACCCAUACUAGGAUUCACCAGAAUAAUCAGUACAGAGAUAUGGUGGAUGGAACCAUAACUGAAUACCUAGCAACAGAUUUGACAGCCUUUACUGACUAUGUCUUCAAAAUUGAUAUGUGUAAUAGUGCGGGUUGUACUUCUAGUCCUAACUCAAUCACCUACACCACACCUGCAGCAGCACCAAGUGGUCAACUCCCGCCUACACUCCUCUCGGAAACACCAACAUCCAUCGUGAUCAUGUGGGAAGAACCUUCCAAUCCCAAUGGCGUUUUAACCAGUUACAUUCUUGAGCGACGUCAUCAAGGCUUCGCUGCCAUAACUACAGUGGUAUCAGUUGACCGAGAUGGACCGUUUACUUACGUGGACCAAUCAGCCGCUAUCAGUCCAUUUACAACCUAUGAGUACAGAGUAAUGGUAUCAAAUGUGGCCGGUAGUACUACAAGUCAGUGGUCGGUUGUCACCACAAGAGCUGCCCCACCUGGAGGUGUAGCAGCUCCAUUACUCACCGUGACAGGACCAGAAACCAUCCUUGUGUCCUGGUCACCUCCAGUCCAAAGCAACGGUGACAUCAUCAGCUAUACAAUCAAGAUGCCUAACCCACGUGUACCUGUUCUAUACGUGAACGUCACAUCUUACGAAGUUGCUAAUCUUGUGCCAUACACUGAAUACUCGGUAACCAUCGAGGCCUGUACUGUUGGUGGGUGCAGUGAAAGCAAUCCCACAAGAGCUCGGACAGACCCAACAUUCCCCCAGGGGCAAGACCCUCCAACAACCACACCCAUAACACAGAAUUACAUCUCCAUCAUCUGGGAUCCUCCUAGCAGGCCUAAUGGCCCCAACAUCAGAUAUGAACUUGCAAGAAUGAAGAUACGAGAACCACUGGCUACUGGUACGGUCACAGGCAUUGGUUUCUGGGAGCUUAUAACCAGCACCACCGACACCGCAUUCCAAAACACGGGUCUUCCGACCUUCUCCACCUACCAGUACAGAGUCACUGUCUACAAUGACUUUGGCUCUAUGAUUAGCGACCCCUCCCCGGAGGUGACCACGUUGGCAGGGGUCCCACAAACUGGAGGGACCAUUGUAGCUCAAGCUAUUGAUCAUAUUAGUGUACUGGUGAACUGGACAACUCCCUCAUUACAACAGCUGCAAGGGGACGUUGUAGAGAACUAUGUGGUGUUUAACACCGCAAGUAGUGUUGAACAGAGUAGAAGCUUUCCUCCUGGCAUUGACGGUGCAGUGAUUGGCGGACUUCAACCAAACUCAUACUAUGAAUUUAGAAUAGUCAUUUACAAUGGGGCUUAUAAUGUUAGCAGUGACCCUGCUACGGCAGAAACGCUGGAUGGAGCUCCUGAAGGAUUCAACGUUCCCACUAUUCAUGUGAUCAGCUCAACAUCGCUAAGAGUAAUCUGGAUCGAACCUACGACUCCUAAUGGAGAUAUUCAAAGCUAUAAUGUAUACUUAGACAAUCAGAAUGUUGCAACACUGCCCUCUACCACCAUGUCACAUGUCUUGUUUGACUUGGAGCCAUACACAGUUUAUUCAAUUCAGGUUGAGGUCUGCACCGUCUAUGACUGUCUGCUGAGCCCAGCUGCACAGACGACCACCACUGAAGCUCUACCCAUGGGCUUAGCACCUCCAAACUUACGUGUACUUGGUGAUGAAACUAUAGACAUUAACUGGGCUGCUCCAAGUCAACCCAAUGGAAUUAUUACUAAAUAUGCCCUCUUUAGACGAGCUUUGAGACCAUGUGAUACUGGUGAAGAAGUAGCUGAGAAGACAUGUCAAUACAUUGAAUGUGGUGUGUCCGAAAGUAUUUGUGGAUCUCAGUGCUACUCUGGCAACAAGGUGUGUUGUAAUGGUGAACUAUAUGACUUCCAAAUUGGUUUCGAGUGCUGUGACAGCAACUACUUAGCAGCCAGGACCAAUCCAACAGACGUCUGCUGUGGCGGUCAGUUCCGAACUGCUCAGUCCAAUUACCAGUGUUGUAAUGGCCAGUAUGUGGCCGUACUGCCUGGUCAGAUCUGCUGCGCUGACCCUGAUGAGGAUAGGAUUGAGAUAGGAUCUGGAGAUGCUUGCUGUGGGGGCAUUCCAUAUGCCGCGAAUGGACCUCAAAUCUGUUGUGGAGGCGCAUUUUUUGAUAGUCAGCGGGGUCUAUGCUGUGAUGCAACAUAUGUGUCUUUUGAGGGGACAUUCUAUGAUGGAUUCAAUGCUCACUGUUGUGGGUCAUCCAUCAUCAGUGUGAACCAGGUGUGCUGUGGAUCUGGCAACAGUGUCCGUACAUACACUCUUGACCCUUCGAAGGUCUGCUGUAACAACGUUUAUGAGAAUCCAGACAAGAUGCUCUGUUGUACUAAUAGCGAAGGUCAACAAAAGGCACAUGUUUAUGCAAAUUCUAAUGAAAAACUAUCAGCCAAUGAUCAGUGCUGUAACUUGGAGACAAUUCCUAACACACAUUCAUGCUGCAACGGGAUUGGCUACAAUCAAGCAACACACAUUUGUGCUGAUCGUAGCACCACAGCAAGAGGAAACUGUGCAUCUGGAACCAUCUGUCCUGUCAGCCAGGCUUUCUCUGCUUACUGUAAUAGAUGUGAUUUUGACACCAACCUGAAGGUAUGUGGUACUGUAGAUGAGCAGUUUUUAGACGCUAUCAUCUUGCCAAUUCCAGGCGCUGUCUGUCCAUCGACCCUUGACACAAUCUAUGAAGGGGGACCAAACACUUACACUUUCUUGGAUCAAGAGUUGUCACCAUACACCACCUACCAAUACUCCAUCGCUGUAUACAAUAGUGCAGGCAGCUUCACUAGUGACUAUGGCAAUGCCACCACUGAGGAAGCUAUUCCAAGUGGUGUUCAGCCACCCUCUGCUACCAUCCUCCUAGGAAUAUUGGAUACUAUUGUACUCAACUGGAAUGAACCUCUUUAUCCUAAUGGCAUUAUCACAUCGUAUAUUAUCAGACGAGAUGGGAUUGAGAUCUAUCGUGGAAUUGGCAAUUCAUUCUCGGAUCGCAAUGGUAUUCAACCAUACCAACACUAUAAUUAUAUUCUUAGUGCGUGUACACGCGUGGGAUGUGCAGACAGUAUAAGUGUGGUCGCUGCUACUUUGCAAGCCAAACCAGAAGGUGUUUCUAACCCCAUUGUUACCCCAGUGAGUGACACCUCCAUGAGGGUGACAUGGGUUGAACCUACCAGUCCCAAUGGUGUCUUGCAAGACUAUAAGAUCUACCUGACUGGAGUUGAGCUACCAAUUUACGUUACAGCUCCAAAUAGAUUUGAAUAUAUGCAUCGAGACUUGACUCCAUUCACUCGUUAUGAGUAUACCUUGGAGGCAUGCACUGAAGCUGGAUGCACAGCCAGUAAUCCUGUUGCUGGCAUGACAUUAGAGGGUGUACCAGCAGGAUUAUCACCUCCAAUACAUGUGGUCAUUAGUUCAUCUAUCCUGGAACUGUACUGGAGUGAGCCAGAAUUCCCAAAUGGUGACAUUUCUACAUACAGGCUCUACAGACAAAAUCAACUGAUCUAUGUGGGUAAUGGAUCUGUGUAUAUGUAUAUUAAUAGCGGGCUGUCUCCAAACACACGCUACGCGUACAUCCUUCAGGCAGCCACCUCUGCAGGCUCUGUGAACAGCUCUGAGUACAUUGUCCAAACACCACAAAGUACACCUGAAGGAAUUCCAGCUCCUACUCUCUCUGUUGUAAGUGCAACUCAGAUCCGAGCUACCUGGACCGCCCCAGUUUACCCCAAUGGUAACAUAGCAGCCUAUGGAGUGGUUGUCAUGAGUGGAUCUCCUCAACAGUUCACACGGUUCUCUGGUCUGACUCAAUCUUUUCUCUUGACCGGCCUUGAACCUUACACUCAGUACAAUGUCCGUGUGCAGGUUUGCAAUAAUGGUGGAUGUGGUCAUGGUCCAAAGGCAUAUGCAAGAACAUCAGAAGCAAGUCCUCAAGAACAGGAUCCACCAGUGCUGAAAGCAACUGGUCCAUCAGUCAUUGAGGUUUCUUGGCAACCACCAGUCAAACCAAAUGGCAUCAUCACUAGUUAUGAAGUAUACAGGCGUUUAUAUGGCAGCAGUCAAGAGGUCCUUUCUUACGUUGGUCCAGCUCUAUUCUUCACCAAUGCUGCACCAGAACUUGUAGCCUUCACACUGUAUGAGUACAAAGUCAGAGCUCGAAAUUCUCUUGGGUAUAUUGACAGUAACUGGGCAGCUGUGAGGACUUUAGAAGCUGCACCAGAAGGUGUUCCAGAGCCUUUAGGAUUGGAAGCUGUCAGUCCAUAUGGUGUCAGAGUGCAGUGGAAUGAACCAACAACACCUAAUGGGGUCAUCACAACUUACAGAAUUGAGUACCGUCAAGUAUCGAUUGAUCCCACUUUGACAAACCCAGUUGAGAGUGCCGCCACAGUGGCAGGUAUAAUACGAGAAGCUACCUUCUAUGGCCUGGUUCCUUAUACUUCUUACCAAGUGCGUAUAGUAGCAAUAAAUAGUGCUGGAGAAGGCAGUGGAUCUUGGGGUGAUGUCACCACUGCAGAGGGAGUCCCAGCUAAUAUUCAACCAUUUGUUGUCCAGACAAGUAGUGAUGGCCUGUCUUUGAUACUUCGCUGGAAUGAACCUGGACAAGUCAAUGGAAAAAUUCUUUCUUAUAAUAUAUAUCAAGAUAUAUACUUAACAGAAGCAAUAUACACAGGACUACAGAGAGAGUUUGUCUUCCGUCGAUUAAUGCCUUAUACUGAAUACACCUUGAUUUUAGAAGCUUGUACAGGUGCAGGCUGUGGAAGAGGACAACCUCAGACAGUAGUGACCGCAGCAGUAUUACCGGAGAAUCAAGGUGCUCCAACAAUUGAAUUUGUCAAUGCUACACAGGUGACAUUAUCUUGGGUGCCACCAAUAUCUGCCAAUGGACCCAUCACAAGGUAUGACAUUCUCAGGCGUUCUUCAUCUACAAGUCAGCGGAGAAAGCGAGAUACUGAUGACAGCACAUUUACUCAGACAAAUAUUGUUUAUGUUGAGUACAACACCGACUAUGAUUACUACACCUUCACAGACUCUCAACUCCGGCCCUAUACAGUAUAUGAGUAUAAGAUCGUAACUUUCAACACAAUUGGGUCAACGGAUAGUGGAUGGGUCUCAGUCCAGACUGAACAAGCAGCACCUACUAGUGUAGAUCCACCUUCUGUCAAUUUUAUCUUGGACAAUCCGACCACUCUAAUUGUGCAAUGGACAGAACCAGAUGAACCAAAUGGUGUUAUACAGGUGUAUGUUCUUGAAAGGAAUGGAACUUCACCUUUCACAUUCCCUGCUGAUUUUCCAAAUACUUUUAAUGACACUGAACUUGAGGCCUAUACUGUUUACUACUACACAAUAAAGGCCUGCACUGCCUGCUGUUGUACCACCAGUGACAAAACUUUUAUCAGGACUUUAGAAGCAGCACCAGUGUUUGUAGACCCACCAGUACCUGUUGCCAUUAGUUCCUCUGCCAUACAGGUCUCUUGGAAUGUUCCAUCACUUCGAUAUGGAGAGAUAAUUCGAUAUGAGCUAAAGGUGGAUGGACAAGAACAAUAUAGAGGGUUAGAUUUGCAGACUGUAAUCAAUUCAUUGAUUCCUUUCAAAGAAUACACAUUCACUGUUGUGGCAUGUACCUCAGGAGGCUGUACUGAAAGUGUGCCAUCAUAUGCCAGACCAUUUGGAGCACCUCCUCAGCAAAUGAAUUCUCCCUCUCUGAAGGUGCUCAGUGCCACAGCUGUUGAGGCCUCAUGGACUGAUCCAUUAUAUCCAAAUGGGGAAAUCAGCAAUUACGAAUUGCGCAGGGAUGGACGCCUAAUUUACAGUGGAUUAUCUCAGUUAUUCUCAGACUUUGGCGAUGGUGGCCGAGGACUUACUCCAGGCCAGGAAUAUUCAUAUGUGGUAGCAGCUUUCAACAAAAAUGGCACUGCUGUCAGUGAUCCAGCAACAAUCACAACUUCAUCAUCAUCUCCAGCUGGACUGAGUCCUCCAAGUUUGACUGCAUUGAGCUCUACAUCAAUCAGUGCAACAUGGGUACCUCCACUUUAUCCAAAUGGAGAUAUACUGAACUAUACUCUCUAUUUAGAUGGUUCACCAACAUUUUCUGGUGUCCAGUUCAGUCAUGUUGUCAGGAACCUCUUCUACUUUACUCUUUAUGAGUUCCGUAUCGAAGCUUGUACAGAAUCUGGAUGUGCUCUUAGUGAGAGAGCUACCACUCGCACUCUUGAACAUCCUCCAUCCAGCCAGCUAGCUCCAAGUUUGACACCUCUAGCAGAUUCACUUGGUAUUGCCAGUGGGAUAUCAGUAGAAUGGGGCCCUCCGCAGCAGCCCAAUGGUAUAAUUCUCUAUUACCAACUGCAGAGGCGCCAAGUUUUCAGAAUAAGUGGAGGACGAGGAGAGACAUUUUUGUUGCAGAAUGGUACGUCGCUGUCAUACAUUGACGAAGAUCCAACCUUGGAACCUAACAUGGAAUAUGAAUACAGAGUGACAUCUUUCAAUACUGCAGGACAAGCAACCAGCUCUUGGGCAACAGUGAGGAUGCUGGAAGCACCUCCAGAGGGGUUAGAGCCACCACAGUUCUCACUUAUUACAUCCACAUCUGUACUGGUUAACAUCCAGGAGCCUGCAAAGCCCAAUGGAAUCAUCACAAGUUAUGCUAUCAUGAGGAACUCAACUGAAUUGUCAAGAACUACUGCAUCAAGCUACUCUGAUGAAGGCCUACAACCUUUCACCUACUAUGCAUACAGUGUGAAGGCCUGUACAUCAAGGGGAUGUACCACAAGUGAGCCUGGUUAUGUUCAGACCUUGCAGUCGGUACCUAUAGGCCUAGCGUCACCUAUCAUUGUACAGGAAGGUGUUGACUUCAUUGAGGUAUCAUGGCAAGGCCCAGAGGAGACCAAUGGAAUCAUAGAGAAAUACGAGUUAUAUUCUCGACCAGCUUGCCCUUUGACCAGUCAGCCAUUCCCUCAACGAUGCACUGAAGUCAGUUUCAGUAAAGCAUACCAAGGAUUGAGUACCAACUUUACUUUAAGAAAUCUGAAACCGUAUACCAGUUAUGAAUUCCAAGCAUCUGCAUACAACUCAGAAGGCAGGGCUGAGUCACCGGCAGCACUAGGAACAACCCUUCCAGAUGUGCCUUUACUCAUAUCAGAGCCAAACAUUUACACCAAUGGCUCAGCCUUAGUAAUUGCCUGGACCAAUAGUUUCGACUUAAAUAGUAAAUUGAUUGAGUAUGUACUGACAGAAAAUGGCGACAAAGUGUACAGCGGAAUAGCAUCAAGUGUUGAGCGCCCUCUGACUGGAAAACGAUAUGAAUUUCUAGUGAAAUGCAGAACUACGUCAGGAGAAGCCUCAUCGCUUCCUACCAUUUAUGAUGGCACAAACCUAAAUGGUAAAUCAACAGGUAAUUCCUCCGAGGACUGGUAUUCAUCAGUCUGGUUCUUAUCUCUUGUCGUACUCUUCAUUGUUAUAUUAUUAUUUGUCGGCAUUGCUGUGUGUUUGAGCCGUAUGGGAACUCGCAAGCCGUAUGAACGCGAGCGUCAGCCAUUACCACCACGGCAGAAACGAGGCAUGCUUAUACCAUCCUUAAACAACUGCAACUAUGCACACUCAGAAAGCAUCAUGGAUCCUAUUCCUCAAAAUAUUAGCAGAUCCGUGAGUCAACGUAGUUUAACAAACGCCAGUCUCAAGGGCUAUAAUAACCCAGCAUUUGGUGGUAUGACACCACAGCUACCACGCAGUCGUAGAGGGAGCCAGAUCCUAGAUGAGAAACACUCUUUCAAGUUUGAUGAUGAGGAUGAUGGAGUCUGGGACAAUCAAGUUGCAGACAGUGGACUUUAUGAUGACGAUAACAUGACCCAUGUCAGCCAGCCAUAUAGCUACACUAAAGAACAAACCAUGUUUACAGACACUCAUCUUUAAUCUCUGAUGACCUCUUAGAAUACCAGGUCAUUUUACAAGGUCAUUUUUAUAAUAUUAAUGUUUGUGCAUGUUUUUUUUAAGAUUUUGAAAAAAUAAUGUUUGCUGUUCAGAUAUAUAGCAUGCAUUUUUUGUUAUUGAGCUGAUUAAGGUUGUGCUGUAGUGAUGAUUGAAAUCAUAUCAAUAGUAUUUUUUUUCCUGAUUUUCUAUUGGACAAAUAAUUUCAUUUAAUGAUUUAAUGUUUAAACAAAUAAUGUCUCAAAUUGUUGUGUGUUAAUAAUUGUAAGAUUGUAUACGGUAUUUUGUUUGUAAUUGACUUUUCAUAUUUAUGAAACAGAUAUGAAAGUUCAGUGGUCUAAUGAUUAAGACACCAGGCUAGUUAUCUGUCAUUCCUGAUACAGGUAUAAACAGCAUCGGGAUAUGAAUGUUGUUUUCAGUUGCUGUUGAUAAGGAUCUGACAGUGGUCAUACAUUUUUAUUAUGUCUGUUACUUUAAGGAGCUAUAUUAAAGUGAAAUCAAUCCAUCCAAACCUGUAAUAUAAGAUGUUCAACUUGAAUUAAUUUUUAGAUAUUUUUAUUCUUUAAUAAUUAUUACUAUUUAAUAUAAAAAAAAAAGUUUUCUAUCUUUCUUGAUUGUGUCAUUCCAUAUCCCAUCACCUUGAUGUAGAUACGUACCAGAUUUUUUUUUUUAAAUGAAUAAACAAUUAAGAACAAUUCAAUUUUAUUAGAGCUUUACGUCAGUUUUUUGUAAUCAAAUUUUAUAUUCCAAACAAUUUAUCUGCAAUAAUUUUAAAUCUGUUGAUUUAAAGACCGUCCAACCAAUGUAUUGUACUUUAAAAUUACCUUGUUUUUGCAAGAUUCCAUCCAACAAAGUUAGUAUUUGAAUAGAAGUCCGUCCUCUUUGUCAUUGUUACCAUUUCUACUUACGAGUGAAUAUUCUUCAAAAAUUUUACAGAAGUAUUUAACACAAAUUUUCAUAAUUAGACAGUAUGUAUAGCAUAUACAUACUUAUUUUCUAUAAUGAAUAUUAAAUAUUUACUGUAAUACUAAAAUCAUGUUACUAUUGUUAAGAUUUUUCAAUAAAGGACAAUGGUUCUGUCUAUGUACUUCAUUUAAUUUUUUAAGUAAUUCAUAUUUUCAUAAAAUAUUUUCUGAAAAUAUACAAAUUAAUAUUGAAUAGUACUAAAAUCAUGUUAUGUCAAUUAAAAAAUUUUCAAUAAAGGGCAAUUGAUUCUAUGUACUGUACUUCAUUUAAUUUUCUGAGUUAUUUAAUUCAUAUUUUCUGAAAAUAAUACAUGAAUACACUAUUGAAUAGUACUAAAAUCAUGUUACUACUGUGAAAUUUUCAAUAAGGAAUAAGGUUCUAUUUAUGUACCUUGUUCAAUGGAUUGUUAUUUACAAUCAAUAUUUUAUAUCAUUGUCAUUUUUGGCUAAACUUCUUACGUAAGAAUGACUGAAGUAAAAUACCACAGUAAUGUGGGUUGUUUUCUUUUUGUAAAUACAUUUACAUGUGUGUUUCUAUGAGCAACUGUAUAAUAUUUUUGAGGAGUCAUAAAAAUAAAUAUUUCUGACUGAACUGAAA